AAUAAAAUCCACACGUAAAACAAUGAAAAACGGCCCGAAGGACCCGUCAGGCGGCGGUGGCGCUGGGUAUCGUCCUGCCCAGGCGGACAACAAUCUGUCCAACGUCUCCAUACACAUUGAAAGCGACGACAAUGACUCAACAACAGCGGAGAGCGAGUAUCUGCUGCCAGCAGCACCGUCGAUGACCUCUACGACGACGGGCGGCAGUGGGACGGGUGGUAUGGGUUCCGGUCUGGAUUCCAUUGGCCACAAUCCACCAACAGGUCGCAGCAGCAGCCUUAGCGCUGGCCCGCGACACGGAAACAUUCUAUCCUCAUUCCUGGCCCGUCAGCGCUCCUACACACCGACCGUCAGCUCACCCGUCCGUGUGGCCACACAAAUGAAUCGUCGCCUACAGCAGUCCCGCAGCAUGGGUGCCAACAACAGCCUGGAGGAGCCACUGCCCAGCCCGAGCGGCGGGCCAUUGCCUGGACCUGCAUCCGGCUCGCCCGCUGGCGUACGACAACUUGGUUUCUGGCGUGUAAAUCUGAAUGAUGUCUUCUCCUUGUCCACGGCCCCAUCGACUGAGGCGCUGCGCUCCUUUAUCACACAUUCCAACUUCCGGUACCAGCCAGCAGCAGCAGCAGCGGCAUCUGGAAAUCCGCCACCUGCGUCAUCACCUGUGGACAAUGCUCACAUUCUUCUGAGCAAUCAGCAGCCAAAUGCCGAAGUUGUGGGCACUUCUCCCCUAAGGAUCGGUCGAGUAGGGCACGGACUUAAUGCCACGAGCAGUGCCAGUGCCAUUAUGGGACGCAGUAUUUCAUUGCGCGAGGGCGAAAUGCGUCACAGCCUCGCGGGUGCGCGACACAAUGCCAGCGUCAUGGAGCUGCACAGCAAUCCGUCAGCCUACGAGGAGAGCGAGGAUGAACACAAUGCGAAUUUAGAUCUUGGCGAUGGCAAUCUUAGCGGAGGACCAUUGGCUGGAGCUGGAGAUGCGGCUGCAGUAGCGAAUGGCGGCGGUGGCAAUGGCCAGGCAGAGCCCCCCGAACACCAGGGGGAGGAUGAGCAGCUUAUUUCCGACGACAUGGUCGUGCAGAUCCUCAGCCAUUUCGUCCGGUAUAUGCCUCUCAUCUUUAUACUCCUAAUCAAAUUCAUACACGAUCAUUUGCUGGGCAUUGUGGAUCUUCUGGUGCUGCAGACUGUGAUGUACAAUGUCAAUCGAUCGGUGCGGAAUCAGGUGUCCCGCCUGGCACAAAAGAAGUACUCUUCGAUGCUGCGUGACGUUUGUCUCAUUACGAUAGUGGUCACGGUGCGUUUGUUUCUGGCCACAUCGGCGCCGGAUCCGUUUGGUCUAAUUGUGCCGCCGCCAAGGAAAUAUUUCACCUACGCCAUACCCUAUAAGACAGAGCCGGGGACAGUCCCCAAUUUUGGUCCGCUGUCUGCAAAUCCAACGACCUCGUCCUCGGAGACGCUCAAGGCGGUCGUUACCACGGACACGUAUGAAUCCGAGAAGGUCAUACCGCUGGGAAUGCUGCUGUACUACAUAGCCGUCAGUGAUCUCAUCAUCAAGCUGCUCACGAUGCUCAUCAAACUGGCCAUCACCAUGCUGCCCAAUCAUGUGAUGCGCUUCAAAGUGAGGGCCCGACUUUAUGUCCUGGUGGAAUACAUCUCACAGUUUUAUCGAGCCCUAACACCCAUCACACAGUGGUUCAUGUUCCUCUACGAGUCAUAUUCGGGCCUGGAGGUGGUUUCGGGCGGCCUCUUCUCCGCAUUAUACCUGGGAGCAAAGAUCUUUGAGCUUGUGGAGCGUGCCAAAUCGUUACACAAAUCAGUUGUUACCUUCAGACGGAAUAUUGACUCUGAGCGUCCGCCCACUAAAGAGGAACUAGAUGCCGCGGGCUCUGUCUGCCCCAUCUGCCAUGAUACGUUCAACACGCCCAUAAUCCUAGAGUGUGGACAUAUUUUCUGUGAUGAGUGCGUGCAAACGUGGUUCAAGCGCGAGCAAACGUGCCCCAUGUGCCGUGCCAAGGUUAGCGAUGACCCCGCCUGGCAGGAUGGCAGCACCACAUUCUUCCAUCAGUUGUACUAGGGCUCCCCUCCCCCAAAGAAAUGUUUUUGCAUAUUUCACGUGUAUAUAAAUAGUCUCCGAGCUAGCAUUUGUUUAUUAAACUGACAGUUAUUAAUUAAUACUAA